GCGGCCAUGACAACACCACCACCGAAUUUGAAGAAGAGUUUCUAUCAAAAUAUUCUCAAAAAUGGCAGCUUAUCGGAGCAAAAUGAUUCUAUAAAACGAAAAUCAGACACUGAAGAUGGAAUCACAAAGAAGCAAAAGGUUUCCAAGCGAACGGACUACCUUUCUUGGGAUGAAUAUUUUAUGGCUGUAGCGUUCCUGUCAGCUCAAAGAAGCAAAGACCCUUCCUCGCAAGUUGGUGCUUGCAUUGUCAACGCUGACAAGAAGAUUGUUGGUAUUGGAUAUAAUGGGAUGCCAAAUGGUUGUAGUGAUGACCUGUUGCCUUGGAAUAGAGAAGCUAAUGACGAGUUGGACACAAAAUAUCCAUACGUGUGUCAUGCCGAAAUGAAUGCUAUUCUAAACAAAAAUUCCGCUGAAGUUAAGGGAGCAAGUAUUUAUGUUGCAUUAUUCCCAUGUAAUGAAUGCUCCAAGAUUAUCAUUCAAUCAGGAGUAAAAGAGGUUGUGUACGCCUCCGAUAAAUACCAUACUAAACCAUCCAUGAUAGCAUCAAGGAGAUUGUUGGACAUGGCUGGAGUUAAACACAGGCAGUACACUCCACCAAAAUCACAAAUAGUUGUUGACUUUACAGCAAUUGAUGGGAAAAAAAAGUAACACAAAUUAUGCACACAAAAAGCAAAUAACAAUGUACUAAAUAGAGGCUCUUUUAGUUGCAAAGGUCCAUGAUUGUCUGCAUAAUUAACAGGCUGGAUCAUGUUUAAGGAUACUCRUCACUGGCACAGUCUCUAGAAAACAGAAGACUGGCAGCCAAGUUGGUGGUAAAAACAAUAUAUAUGAUAUAUACUAAUGAGAAAUCCUCUUAAAAUACUGUAUUAACAUUGGCAUCCAUCUUUAUUGUUAUUUUUAUGUUAGUUUUUAAGUUCCUUAUUCAAAUGGAUUGCCAAUGUUAUUGUUUAAACAAAGUCUAUACAUUUUUGUCUUCUAUGAUUUUAUCAACAAGAAAGAGCUAAAAAUUGUAUUUUUU